AUGGCCACGCCCGUUCUAGUCGACACACAGGGGUUCACGUCCGUCCGCGAGCCGGAGCGGCGCUCGCUGCAGGACGACGAGAAGUCGAUCGACUCGUCUACGCAGUCGCCCAAGUCGGCCACGCGUAAGGGCGCCGUCUCCUCCGCCGACGAGCCCGACGUGCAGUACGGCACGCAGGAAGACAACCCGCACGGCCUCCACAUCAAGGACCACCUGGGCCAGCCGACGGCCGCCGAGUCCGAGAUCCUCGCGACGUUCUACGAGCCGCCGGACGAGUACGAGAACAAGCACCGCUGGGACCCGCGCGCGACGUGGACACCCGCCGAGCAGAAGGCGCUCCUGCACAAGCUCGACUUCCGCGUAGCCCUCGUCGCCUGUAUCUGUUUCGCUGCGCUCCAGCUCGACCGCGGCAACAUCUCCAACGCGCUCUCGGACAACAUGCUCAAGGACCUCCACCUCACCACGGCGGAUUACAACGUCGGCCAGACCAUCUUCUACUGCUGCUUCCUGUUUGCCGAGCUGCCCUCGCAGAUGAUCUCAAAGAAGCUCGGAUCCGACGUCUGGAUCCCGAUCCAGAUGAUGUCGUGGUCGGCCGUCGCGAUCGCCCAGGUCGGUCUGACUGGCAAGACGUCCUUCUUCAUCACGCGCGCGCUCCUCGGCCUCAUUGAGGGUGGCUUCAUCGCCGACACGAUCCUGUACCUGUCCUACUUCUACACCGCGGCCGAGCUCACCAUCCGCCUGUCCUUCUUCUGGGUCUCGCUCACGCUCACUACGAUCAUCGGCGCGUUCCUCGCAGCGGGCAUCCUCAAGCUCCGCGAGCACACCCACCUCCCCGGCUGGCGCUGGCUCUUCGCCAUCGAGGGCACGCUUACCUUCCUCGUCGGCGUGUUCGCGUACUUCUACCUCCCUCCCGGCCCGACGCAGACCCACAAGACGGUCAUCAGCAAGCUGCGAGGGCACGGCUGGUUCACUGAGCGCGAGGAGACGAUCAUUGUCAACAAGGUCCUGCGUGAUGACCCUACCAAGUCUUCCAUGCACAACCGCGAGGGCCUUGGCUUGGACGACUUCUGGCGCUCCCUGUCCGAUUACGACAUGUGGCCGCUCUACAUUCUCGGUCUAACGACCUUCAUUGGCCCCGGCACGGUCGGCGCGUACUUCACGCUCACGCUCAAGUCGCUCGGCUACUCGACCUUCCAGACCAACCUGCUCACGAUCCCGUCUCAAGUGAUCCAGAUCUUUGGCAACCUCGGCCUCGCGUUCCUCUCCAAGCGGAUCAAGGAGCGUGUCCUCGUGUCGUCCAUCGCGCCCAUCUGGCUCUUCGUCAUGUUCAUCGCCAUCAUCAGCAUCCCCGACUCGACGUCCAAGUGGGGCCGCUGGGCGCUCCUCACGCUCGUGCAGGGAUACCCGUACCCGCACCCCAUCCUCGUGUCCCUCAACUCUAUGAACGCCGGCUCGGUCCGCACGCGCACCGUCGCGUCGUCCCUGUACAACAUGUUCGUGCAGGCCUCGUCGCUCAUCGCGUCCAACAUCUACCAGCCCAAGGACGCGCCCUUCUACCACCGCGGUAACCGCGCCCUCCUUGGCAUCAUCUCCGCCAACCUGGUGCUGUUUUGGCUCGCGAAGGGGUGGUACAUCUGGCGUAACAACCAGCGGGCGAAGAAGUGGAACAGCUGGACCCGCGAGGAGAAACAGCACUACAUUGCCACCACCACGGACAAGGGCAACAAGCGUGUCGACUUCCGCUUCCUCCACUAG